GAACACAUCAAACACACACAAUGCCUGGUUUGUUCUUCCCAGUCAUUCUUAUCCUAAUCCAUUGUUCAGGGGGAGUUCAGCCUUUAUCAGACUACGAAUACCAAGGAGAAGACUUCAUGGUUGUAUUUUUUGCCGAAUUCAACCAACCCUCAAAUCCCGAUAAAUUCAACUUUCUGUAUAUACAUUCCGAAAAAGAAGGAACCUGUGUGAUCGAUUACAAAGUCAGUCGUUACACAAGCGCGCGCAUUAAACAACACGAGAUUCUACAUCCGGGUAGGACGAUCAGGGCUGCUUUACCGGAAGUAGUUCAAGAAUCUCUUCACAGUCAGAUUACCCCUAAAGGCGUCCACGUACACUGUACAGUUCCGGUAAUACUGUACACAUUAAGCAGGAAGCAGGGUACGUCCAAUGUGUACCAUGGUAUUCCGUACAAAUCUUUGGGAAGAGAUUACCUCAUACCCGGUGCUUUAAACAACGCACUGCUGUCUGCGGCGGGCGUUGAUGAGAACACCGUUAUCAAUGUACACAUUAAGACGAAAUGUGUAUAUACCUAUAGCAAUACGACGGUGAAGGACGGGAGCAGCUUCACGGUCACUCUUGACAAAGAGGAUGUGUUUCAACUCAGCAGAGAGUACGUUGAUUAUUUUGGUGAUCAGCAGUGCGACUUAGCCGGAUCUUAUCUCACAGGGAACAAACCUUUCGCUGUGUUUGCGGGAGCGUCGUGUUUGUUUCUGGCUAACGCAACUACCGGAAACGGGUGCGACCAGGGGGUGAUCCAAGUGCCUCCUCCUUCCCUGUGGGGCAAGGAUUACCUAGUGGCGGACAUGGCGGGGCAGACAAAUGGGUACAGAUUGCGAAUUGUGGCCAGUGACGAUAACACUAAAACAAGCAUCCACGAAUACGACUACGGCUCUUUUGCGACAUCACGUGAUGUCCAUUUCGCGUUGAAUAAAGGCGACGUCCACACGGCAAUGUACAAAAGGAACACCUACCUUGUGAUUGAAAACACCAAGCCAGUGUUCAUCCUGCAGUAUCUGACUGCUGAUCCAAUGACGGUGAUCGUGACGCCUAUCGACAGAUUCCCAACAAUCGACGCUAACACGUCUCAUUACAUAUUUGACACAAUGGAAGCUAACAAAAAUGGGUCUGAAGAAAUGUACGUCUCUCUCAUCGUUGGCACCAACAACACCGACGGCGUGAGGCUGGACGGGAAACCUGUUGCAGUUUCGUGGGAAGACGUGCCUCUGCUAGGGUUCUCAGUGGGUCAUCUGAACAUAUCUUAUGGGUCCCACCUUCUCAACAGCAUGACGCCCCACACCCCCGGGGCAGUGCAGGUAUACGGUAUGUCCAGAUGCCUCGGGGAGGCCUGGGGGUACUCAGCCAUCUCCUCCUGUUCCGAACAUUGCGAGGAUCUGUCAACAGAUGUGGGCCAUUUGUUUGGAGAGGCAGCACUUGGAUUCUAUGUUAAUCAGAUUUUCAAUGUUGUGGGCUCGGAUGCAUCAGCUUCCCAGUGUUUAGGGACGUGUGACUCGCUGAUGAAGACUACACUGACUAAGUCCAUCUGCCCUAAAAUAUGUCCAUCAUUUACUUUCUAUAUCCGAAAAUACAUCUACAAGUCACCAUCACUAGCAAACUGAGAAAUCCUUGUACCAGACAGCAUUUACUAAUACAAAAAUCCGUAUGUAGCUUUAA